AUGAUUCCAUCACAACCUGCUUUGAAUCAGCAACAACAGGGAGAGCAUCAUGUUAUUUGUACAAAUAACAACAGCAACAGUAAUAAUGAAAAAAACUCUGUGAUUGCCAAACGUUCUCGGGAAUUCUUUCGUCUUUCUCAUUAUGAACAGGCUGGAGGAAAGAGUACAACUGCCAUUGAAGAGGAAAAGCAGAUGAAGGAACAAGAGGCAUUAUCGGAGCAAGAGGUAUUGAACAUGUUGGUGAAUGGUGAUACAGAUAGUGAAAGCCUUCGCCAAAAAACAAGCCUCAUUCAAUUCAUUCAUGAUUCAAUUAUGGGAGACGAUGAAGUUUUUAAAUCACCUUUUGGCUAUAGAAAAAUUACUUAUUGUGAUUAUACAGCAUCGGGAAGGUCUCUCAGUUUUUGGAAGAGUUUAUGA